UGCUCAAAAAUCAUGAUUUAAUAGUGAAAAAAAUAAAAACUGCUAUUUUCACCAAAAAAAACCGUGUGCUAUAAUCCAUAAUUUUGGAUGAAAAAUGAGUUUUUGACAAAAAAAAAAUCAAUGUGGGAGGGACCUUCAUAGCCUCGCUCAUUUUCGACAAAGUUCACACUUUUUUCCAUUACAUCUAUCGCAAUCCCCCUUAUAUUUGGGCUAACUGUGCAUGUUUAGCCUUAAAGGGAAAUGAUAAUCAGUACAAGCCCAAUGAGACUUAAUUAUUGAAGCCCAUUAUUGCGGAUUCGGGUUUGGCUUGACCCGAAACGAAAGAGGAAUGCCCAGCACAUAAACGCAAUUCAAAUUACCAGAGCGAGCUUCGAUUUUGAAUGAUUGGUUUUGAUCGCAUGAGUGCUAUGGAUUCUUCUUCGUCUUCUUGCCCCUUCUGUAAUCUCACAGUUCCAUCCUCACAACUUGAACGGCAUGCCAAUAGUCACUUUGAGGUUGAAGAUGAGCAACUGGCUAUGGACUUGGAGUUUGCCCAGCAACUUGCUUUGGAACCUUCUUCUCCACCGUCCAUGAAUAAUCAAACAAUCAGAGACUUGCCAUUAGCAAGAUUUCAUGGACAAUGUAGCAUGGAGGAAAGUAUCUCCUGCCUGGCUGCUUUACAGACUAGAACCACUUUCCAUGAAAUUGAAGGUGGUGUGAUGGCUCUGCUGAGAGAGUGUUUGGAGUUAGAACCUAGAGAUACAACGACUUUUUUGUGUGGUUAUACAGAUCAUAUUCAGAGCAUUCGAUCUGAGGAUUCUGGGUGGGGUUGUGGGUGGCGUAACAUCCAAAUGCUUAGCUCCCAUUUGCUUAUGCAAAGGCAAGAGACUCGAGAAGUUUUGUUUGGUGGUGCAGGAUUUGUUCCUGAUAUCCCAUCACUCCAAAGAUGGCUUGAGAUUGCUUGGGAAAAGGGAUUUGAUGCAGCUGGCUCUGAUCAGUUUGCUAACAAAAUUUAUGGCUUGAAAAGAUGGAUUGGAACAACUGAAUGUGCUGCUAUUUUCCGUUCUUUUGGGCUGCGAGCAAGGAUAGUGGAUUUUGGUCCUAAGGAACUCGAACCAUAUUAUCAUUCUCUUCCUGGUUCAAGGCUUGGGGAAGAGGUCAAGAGAAUACAUAAUGGUGGGAAGAGGAAAGCAAUUCAGGUUUGUGGACCGAUGGAUAGAUAUUUGCCAGAAAGGAGUCAUGAUAUUAACCAAGCAAGUUCCAGUUGCCGUGAAAAGUCGAGUUGUUCUACUAGCCAUAUAGGUGAUUCUUGGGGUAGGAAAAGUAAUUAUAAUUCGGGAAAUAAGUUUUCAAAGAAAAGCAAGGGUCAUCAGGUUCUCAUGGAUUGGAUCUGGAAUUACUUUAAUGAUGGUAACGUUACCAAAACGGGCAAUCACCAGGUCAUUGUUAGUGACAAAACACCCUUGUACUUUCAGCAUGAUGGGCAUUCGAGAACCAUUGUUGGGAUUCAAGUCAAAAAUCAACAUAACGGGAUGCAGCAACACACUCUCUUAAUUUUGGACCCUGGUCAUAGAACGGCAGACCUGGAAAGAUCUCUGAAGGAAAAGAGAGGAUGGCAGAAGUUUAUAAAAAGAGGAGUUCACACACUGAGAAAGCCACAGUACCAGUUGUGUUAUAUUGAUCCUGGCAUUUCAAGUGGAGAUGAAGUGGAGUUGCUCAAGACUCUAGAUAGUGUUUUUCUUGAACUCUAGAGGACCCUGUUCAACAUUUUGACUUGUCAGUGGCUAUGCUAUUGUUAGAUUUGAAAUCAAUGCAUGACAAAAGAAAAUUUGGGUAUCUGAAGAAUGAAAGUUCACUGUUCUAAGGCUUCCUUCCCUCCCUUAAAUGCUAUUGUUAGAUUUGAAAUCAAUGCAUGAUAAAAGAGAAUUUGGGUAUCUGAAGAACGAAAGUUCACUGUUCUAAGGCUUCUUUCCCUCCCUUAAAGAGAAAGUUCAGACUCUGAAGCUCGUGCAGAAGGUUUCACGCUAUGUGCCGAGCUCUUCUUGAUCAAUGAUCUUGACUGCUGAGGGUUGAUUUUGUGGAAAUGCCUCAAUGUUCAAGGACUUUGUAUGUGCAAGAGGAACAGAAAGUUGGUGAUACACUCCUAUUCUACUCUUCAGCUGCUAGGCAGCUCAGAUCUUUUGUCAGCUCUUAAUCUGGGGUAUCUUGGUUAAAUUAUGUGAGCUACCAUAAUUUACUUUGAUGCGAGUUUAUUCUCUUGUAUACUGACUUUGUAACUGUGAACAACUUUAUUCAUUUAUCAAUAUAUAGGAAAAUGUUCUUCUACUCAA